CUACACUCGCGGAGAUUCGUGUUUUUGCGGAGUCUGCCAUUGAUCCUGACAGAUCACGUGUCGCUAGGCUAGACUAUGUAGUUUAGAAGACAUUAACUCCUUCAAGGCGUAUCUUUGGCUCUUUGAACUUUCUAUCCUGGUUCUGAUUGGCUGAAGACCUGUAUAGCCAUUCCCGAUGCCGUGCCUGGCCCGCCGUUUUUGCUCGAUUAGCCUGCAAGCUGCCAAAGUCUCGCCACCAUCGCAUCCUCUCUGGUAACCAGAUCCUAUCCUGUUCGCGAAAACAAAUCCUUCGCCAACGCUCGCGAUGGCGAUUCGUUUCACGGUCAACAAAUUCCCGCUAGAUCCGGAAUCCCGCGACGCGACAGGCCUCCCAUGGGGUUGCGUCGUCCAGCCAUUCGCUCUCGACGACGAAGCGGGGAUCCCGGGAAGCGGCGUCGCCGCGAGUAUCGGAACCGGCGGUAGCAGCAUUCGUAAAUCGUCUUCUAAUUCUUCGUUUCCGCGCUUCGGCUCGUCCUCGUCUCUUAAUUCCGCGUCCGGCGGCGCGGCUCCGCAGCCGCUUCCCGCGGCGCUUUCCCCGGCGCCGCUUCCGCUAGCCGAUGACGUGGCGCGGUGCGAGGAUUGCUACGCGUAUAUUAAUCCGUACUGCGCGAUCGACCGGUUUUCGUGGCGAUGCUCGCUGUGCGACGUCGUGAAUCCGUUUAGCGACGCGGAGCUGCGUCGCUACGGCGGAGCGAACGUCGCAGACGUCGCAGAGCUGUCGCAGACGCUCGUCGAGCUGGAUGUCGCCGCGGAAGGCGACACUGACGACGUGGAAGACGAGGGAGGAGAAUCAUCGGGCGACGGAGAGGUCACGGGUUCGAUUCCGCGUGGGCCCGGAGAGCCAAUCAGCACCUUCCACGUGUUGGAUGAAGCGGAGAUUCGGAAGCGGCCGGUUUACAUCGCUAUGGUUGACGUGUCAGGAUCAGAGGAGUUUCUUGAACUCGUUAAGAGCUCGCUGCUGGCCGCGUUAGAAGCACUCUCGCCUGCUGCGUUGUUCGGUCUGGUCACGUUCGGAAGCAAGGUGGGACUGUACGACUUGCAAGGCCCCACAGCAUCGCUCAAGUCCGUGGGACUGUACGACUUGCAAGGCCCCACAGCAUCGCUCAAGUCCGUAGCCAUCCCCGCAUCCCCCUCCCACCGUCUCCCACUAGCCCUGGGCGACCUGCUGCCUCUGCAGGCGUUUCUAGCGUCCGUCGCCCACCACAAGGACCACAUCGCCGCUGCUCUAGAAACCCUGCGCCCUGCCCCUCCCUCUCUUGAUCUCGACGCGUCCGGAGGGGUUAAGGGGGGGAAAGACGCGGGGAGAGGGGGUGGGCGGAGGGGGAAGGGUGCUGCUGCUGGUGCUGCUGGUGCUGCUGGGUCCGGUGGGCUCAAGGGGGCGGAGGGGGCAGAGGCAGGGAGGAGAAGGGACGGGGUUAGGGGCUUUGGAACGGCCCUGGACGCAUUGAUAAGAUACCUAGGGGGUAUGGAGGAUGGGCCGAGCGCGAGGCUAGCGAGAGGCCUACGAGCAGACAUCAUCAGUGGGGGUGCUGGUGGUAAUGUUAGUAUCGCUGCUGCAGCAGCGGCAGCAGCGGCGGCAGGAGCAGUGGGGCCGUUUGUGGGUGCCAGGUUACUCGUCUUCCUCUCGGGGGCUCCUAACCACGGCAUGGGGGCUUUAAGUACGGAUCGGUACGAGACGGCACUCGCCAGCUUGGCAGUAGCGGCGAAUCAGAGGAGCCGGAGCGGUAAAGAGGUGUUGGAUCCGAUUGUGGCCGAUAAGGGGCUGUUGCAGGAGCAGACGCCGUUCUAUAGGGAGCUAGCUGCUGCUGCGGUGCAGGCAGGUGUAUGCGUGGAUCUAUUCGCUGUACCCUCUUAUGCUAGUAACGGUGAUGAGGAGGCUCAUAGAGGGGACGGGGGAGCGGCCACUGCAGAUGCUGCUGCUGCUGCUGCUGCUGCUGCUGCUGGGGCGGCUAUUUCUGCGGUGACCAUCUCUGAUCCCCCUUCCUCCACCCCUCCCUACCUGCCCACCCCAUAUUGCGACCUAGCCUCCCUCCGUUGCUUAAGUGUGGAAAGCGGGGGGACUCUUUUCCUCUACCCCUCCCUAGACGAAGCAACCCUCCCUCAAGACAUCUACCGCAUGCUCUGCCGACCCUCCGCGUUCGGCGGGGUGCUCCGGCUCCGAACCUCCCGAGAGCUUCGGGCAGUCCGAGCCUACGGGCAUUUCUUUCCCGAUGCUCAAUACGAGGAUCUAUACCAUAUUAUCCGAUGUGAUCCCUUUGAUUCGUACGCGUUUGACCUUGAAUUCGCGGGUAAAAAGGGUUUUGGGCAGCAGGCGGGGGGGAAGUCUGGGAAGGGGAAGGGGGGUGGUGGUGGUAACCGCGGGCCGGUGUUACAACUGGCGUUUCAGUACACGGUGAUAAUACCGGUGGAUGGGGGAGGGGAGAGGAGCGAGGAGAACAGCGGAGGGGGUGUUGGAGUGGGUAGUGGGUCGGCUAGUAAAGGGGAUGGGGCUGCUGCUUCUGGUCAGAACGGGGUGGCUGGUUUAGGGAUGGAGGGAGGAAAAGGGAAGGAAGGGGGGAGGGAGAUGGGCGGGGAGGGUGCAGUGGCAGCGGUAGGAGGAGGGGAGGGAGGGGGAGGAGGUGGGAAGGGGGGGAGGAGGAGGAGGAGGGUGGUGCUGAGGAGGAGGUUGAGAGUGAAGACGAUAUGUGUGGAGGUGGCAAAGGGAGCGAGGGAGAUAUACGAGUCAGCUGACAACGAGGCGAUUCUUACUGUGCUCACACACAAGGUCAUCCGUGCUUCCCUGGAGGAGGGAGUGAGGGAAGGGAGGCUCCUGCUGCAAGACUGGCUCGUGAUCUUGACCGCUCACUACAAUCACGCCUUCGGAUUGGCACAGUUCAACCAGCCACACUCAGUCACCCGCCUGGACGUCUCCUUCUCAGCCUGCCCGCAGCUGCAGCCCCUGCCGCGCCUGGCCUUUGCCCUUCUUCGAUCCCCGCUGCUGCAGCUGCCCAGGGAGGGGGUGCAUCCAGACCUCCGCACCUUCCUGCACUGCCUCUACAGUUCCCUCGACCCCUCGUUCUUGAUGAGAGCAGUCUACCCAGUCCUCUCCUCCUACACCACUCCGGACCGCCCGGCCUUCCCCCGUCACUCCCUCAGCCGCGCUGCCCUAGUCACCAGCGGCAGCCCCAUCUUCCUGCUCGACGCAUUCAGCACCAUCAUUGUGUUCUACUCGCCUGUUGCUCCCCCUGACCUCCCAUUUCCACCGCCCCAAACGAGUCUCCUUCGCGCGACCAUCAACCGUCUGAAAGCCGACCGCAUAAUCACGCCACGUACAAUCACCAUCCGGGGCGGCAUUGACAGCACAGCGCCGUUCGAGACAUUUCUGAUUGAGGAGCAGGACGUGGAUGGGGACGUGGAGGGGGGAGCUGUGGGCAUGGGCUUUGUCGCAUUUCUGGAGUCAAUUGCCCGGGAUGUUAGAGAGUAUAUGAAGUAGCAUCAAGAGCACCAGCAAGUGUGUUGACAGCACGGCACGGCGCCCCUUGAGGCGUUUCUCAAUGGGGAGUAUAUUAGACGACGUGUCCCCCCAUCCACGUCCUACUCACAGACGUGGAUGGGGGGGGAGACGCGGAGUGAGGAGCCGCUGUGUAUCAGAAACUGAGAAGGAUAUGAUAGAUGGAGUGUACACACAGAUAUAUCUCAGUGUUGUACUCUCUAAGAGACAACCUUAUACAGUCUAUACAAACAUGACAAAUACA